AUGCCGAAUCUCGAACAAGUGAUGUUAUACAGGGAUACUCCAUUUGAUGAUGAUCUGAGUAUACAAUCAACUGAACUUCAGAUGCUUGAAAAUGUAGCCUCGCCCAAAUGCAAGAUCCAAGUAAUCUCUGAUAAUAUCAGCUUCUCAUCUACUGUGCACUCCUAUUAUACGACACCCCGCAACGAUUGA